AUGCCGAGCAUUUUGAUACAUUUCAUCAAAACGAAUGAAAAAGUCGUGAAUUGCUUGUAUCGAAACCCUGGUGCACUUUUUAGGCUGGUUUUCUUUCCCUGGUCAGGAGGUGGUUCCACUUUUUUUGCCAAAUGGGGCCAAGAGAUUUCUGACUUGGUGGAAGUGCACUCCAUAAGGUUGGCUGGGAGAGAAAACUGAUUGGAAGAACCUUUCCCAAGAGACAUCUAUCAGAUCGUUGAUGAAGUUGUCCACGCGCUGCUGCCCAUCAUCCGGGGGGGGGGGAAUUUCCCCUUUUUUGGCCACAGUAUGGGAUGCUAUAUUGCUUUUUUGACUGCACUACACCUGAAAGAAAAAUAUAUGCUAGAACCAGUGCAUUUAUUUAUGUCAAGUUCAUCUGCUCCUCAUUCAAGGACCCGGAGUCGCCUUUCCAAAGAUGCACAGUUGACUGAUGAACAAAUUAUCUGUGGCCUAAGGGAAACUGGAGGCAUUCCCAAGGAGUUAAUUGCUGACAAGGAAUUUUUAACAAAACAUAUUCCCAAAGUCAUCUCAGACAUGCGCCUUAUUAGUGAUUACAUAGUUGAACUGGGUGCCCAGGUGCCAUUCUGCUGCCAGUGGCAUUGUUUUACAAGACAGAUGAUCCUGGAAAAUAGCCUGGACCGCAGUGACUGUCAGACAAACACUGAAAGUUUUGACCUACCUCCUAAAGCUCUUCUUUCUUGUGACUUAACAUGCUUUAUUGGCUCUGAAGAUGUGAUAACUGAUGCAGAAGCCUGGAAAGAUGUGACCAGUGGAAGCUUUGAUAUUCAUGUGCUUCCAGGAGACCACUUUUAUAUUCUGGAACCUUCCAAUGAGGACUUCAUCAAGAAUUACAUAACUAAGACUCUAGAACUAUCAAUGUGGUCUUAAAGCAGUCCAAGUUGAUUAUCUGAUACUCUUCUUAGGUUUGUAGAAGUAGCUCAUGGGUUUUAUUCAGGACUGGAAAAAUGAUAUGUUUUUGCUCCUGCCAGGGUGACCUGUUAUCCACAAAUUUAUUUCCCUGCAGAGAAUUUAAGUAUCUGGGGGACCAAAGAAUGCUUCUGGGGGGGUCUUUCUUCUUCCUAUUAGAAUCUCAUCUAUGGAAAGUUUGUCUAGGAAAUUCCUGCUUGGUCAGUGAUCCAUUCCUUCCCUUCACUUAUUUUAACAGUGAACAUAAUGGACAGAGGAAGGGCUGGAAAUGAAAUGAUUAUUUCAUUAACACGCUGUGGCUCAAAGCCGGACUUCAUCUUUUGAAAUACAGGGGCAUCCCAUUUCAUGAAAAAAUGUAACCUACUGUUUUGUUAAAAUAAAACAGUCCCCCAGUCCCCAGCAAUCAUUCGCUGCCUGUCCUGGCACGUCCCCAGCAUGCCCACAGCCUUGGUUCUCUUCUGAGUGGUUCCUCCAACCUGGACGGCCUGUUGGCCCUGUGUGAUCCUGCUGCCACUCUGGCAAUGACCCACUGGGACCCAGGGUAAGCCUCCCAUGGACAACCACCUAGGAUCCAGUCCUUAGCCUACAGAAGGGGCAAGCAAAAAUGCCAUGCCCCAUAGGCUGCCUCCACCUAGCAUGGCGACAAUCUAAACUAGACGUAAGGAGAGAGCACAAGAGUUGGGGACAGACAGCAAUGAAAAGGGGGAAAAAAACAGAAAGAGGGAAAAUCAGCUGAGGCAGAGUAACAGCAGGACACUACGAGUGGGAUCCACAGAUGCCUAAUGUCCAGAAUGAAGAGGUGCCACAUCCCUGGAGCUGGUGGACCCUGUGAUCUCUGGCAAUUCCCAAUCCCUCUUUAUCUCUUGGAACCUGGCUGUUGAAUCUGUAUCUUGAUUUUUUUCUCUCCCAUGGAUCUUCAUAAUAAACUCUUCUACUUGAUGCAA